UAUCAGUAUUUUUGUUUAAUUACAGGUUUGACUGGUGGGCGCAUGGUUGAACUAAGAGCUGGCGACGCCCUCCUGGUGCCACGAGGAUGGUGGCAUUAUGUACAGAACAUAGAUCCAUUAAACAUCACACUUAACACUUGGCUUCCACAUGAUAGAGACGGCACUACACGGGUGUCUGAAGCAUUAAUCAAGAUAUUGGUAGCACAAAUAUGUAAGGAUUUGCCUCAAGAGACAUCUAAACUGCUCGUCAACCCAAAUGAGGAUGACAUAGCAGACACGCCAUUAGCAGUAUUGUUCUUGCAACUAGAAACAGUCGCGAACACGUAUUUAGACAACCGGCGAAAGACGCGCCGCGUGAAACGUCAAAGGACUUGCGAUGAUGACGUAACGGCACCUGUUUUAGAAGAAUACGACCUAAAAACCUUGCUGGAAAACGAGGCGAAUAAUCUAGAAGUAGUUCCUAAUAUAUCCAGUGAAGAUCUGAUUAACCUAGUCAAGCGGAAUCUGAGAGAGUACGCGAAUUGUAAUCGGUCGUUAGAUGAAGACGAAGUGGACGGCUCGACUACCAGUUUGUGCCUCACCAAAGCGGUCAUAGACGCCUUCAGCCAAGGCAACGUGAUAGAACUUGUGAAACAGAAUUUGUUCACACGAUUGAGCCAAUCUUACUAGAAUAAUUUAUUAGUCCAUACUUGGAAAGCAAAGUUGGAGGUGAAGCCGUGUACUCUUCAUUAUCGGUGAGUGUCUUACCUCUUCUCUUGUAAAGAGAGGCAUACUUUUUUGUGGACAUGUAACGUUGGACAUGGAGAGUUGCACACAUUUUGCUCCUCCAUCAUUAGGGACGGAUCUAUCCAAUUUUCUCCUUCUUUGACUGUUUUCCCUCCGUCCAUUCAUGUGAAUUAUGAUAAGUUGUACGGCUCUAGUAUGUCUAGUGGAUAGAUGAAUAGUAUGUUGAUACUUAUGUCGUAAUAUUGCUAUAGUCAUUUACGCAAAAUGUGAUACCUUGACCCCAAUUAAACGGCACAAAGGUGCUAAUUAUUAUAAGAUGAUUUUGUCAUAAAAAUAUUACGCCUGUUAUAAAUCUUAAAAUGUAACAUGCAGUUCAUAACGUUGAGACACGUGAGAUUUCAAAUGCAAUAAAUCGAUUUCACGGUGAGCGAUUCAAUCGUCGUAGUUAUUUUAUAUGGCAGUAAAGUGCAGUAACAUUCUUUGUUACUAUAAGAAAGUAGGAUAUCUUUUAAGACUGAAAUUUUAAACUGAAAUAAAUUAGUUUAUAAUUAAGUAAGAAAGAAACGAGCAAGGAGCAUUGCCAAGUUCACGUAAUAAAUCUUUAUUGUUACUAUACAACUAAGUAUCAAUUUACUUACAAAAAUACAAUCUUUGAAAUUAUCCACUUAUAAGUUAUCUGGCCAGGCCAUUAUUGUUAUAAAUAUUGUGCAUUCUUCGAUAGAAAUAAAAAAAAAUGUAUUUUUAUUCAAAACGAUUUUUUUUUAUACAAAAUUAACAAAGUUAGUUAAGGCCUAUAGGUAAUGGUGCAUAUUUAUGCUUAUCGCUAUGUAUUUUGUGAUUAUUUCUAGUGAUGAACUUCGAGGAAUAAACCAAAGAAUUGCCGACCAGGCGAUUCAGGCAAAGCUAUUAUUAUUGGUUAGUAACAAUUGUUUUGAACUGAGGCGAAUUUCUCUCACGCUGAAUAUAUGACGUUAACGUAAGUUUGACGGUGGUUGUAUUCAAAUUGGCGCGAAUUUUGUACAAUGUUUGUACUAAAUACUAGGUACAGUGCGUACUAAAAACGGCAAAAAGCAGUCUUGUUAUUGCGCAAGUCCAUAAUUAUACAGCACAAAACAACUGCAACAACUACUUCCAUAGUAACGGGAGCAAUAUCAAAA